AAUAAGGGAUGGAUCUGUGUCGCCAUAGAAACACGUAUUUCAGAAAAAAUAAUCAAAGAACCAAUCAGUAAUUAAUCAAAUUAAUCAAACCAUCAAACCAAAAACAGGGCAGAUGUUCACUGGGAUUUCCAGUAACACAGCAAACGAGUGUUACUUUAAGAAUUGCCCCAUUCAUCAACACGUCCCAUCCUUCUUUUAUCAUCCUAUCACGUGUACCGGAUGGGGCGUGGCUUUGUUGGUUUCGCGCGAAACUUCUUUUCUUCUUCCUGUGAACGUUUCCAGAGAGUUGUUGUGGAUGGACGGUAUUUAAAUAUCUUUAGCGUCCUCGUUGUGCAGCUCAGUGGUGCACUUUUACCUUUACGACUACGGUGGACACGUCCGGUAGCAGCAACAUGUCUCAGGCCCGAGUUACUGAUUUCUUUUCCCAGAAAAAGAAAGGCAUCGGCGGCCCGGUGAAACCAGCCAAGCAGCGCAGCCGCGGCUCUGGAGGGACCAGCACUAGCGUCACCGGCACACGGUCAAGAUCCGCUAAAAACAAAGACGUUUGUUCGUCUCAUGUCCACGAAGAGUUUCUCCGAGUUAUUGACGAGGCAGCGGGGUUAAGCGAUGGACAAUCUUCAUUCACCAACACCACCAAAGUUCUCCCCUCCAGCCCCCGGACACCGAAGCGGAGCUCGGCAGAGUUUGAUCUCGGGGCUCCCGUGCCUUCAGCCACCGCCGACCACAGCACGGCCAAGAAGAGACGUCAGGCGGAGGAGGUCAGAGACACUAAAGCUAACUUCCCGGAGAAAACAACGAGGAGGGCGGCCAGGAAGAAACUGGUCCUCCCUCAGGACGCACCACAGGCCUCAGUCCAGCCUCCUCCCAGUGAAGCGACCCAGCAGCCCUCAGCUCCAGCAGCUCCUGUGUCUGCACAGAAAGCUGAGAACCAUGCAGAGGUCAUCAGUAAGAAGACUGCAGGACAGCCCAACAAGGCACUGUGUAAAGACGACAUCGCAGCCCUAAAGUCUCGCCUCCAGAGGAUCAAGAAACACGCAGAGGAAAAAAUCAGCAGUGCUUCAGUUUCCGCUGCUUCCUCCUGCUCCUCUCCAUCUUCUCCAGCACCUGACAAUGCUAACCCACCUGUACCCAAAGCUGCCACACCCCCCACCUCUGACGCCAAGGCCCUCAAGCUCACUGUAGCGCGAGCCAAAGAGCUCGCAGCUAAAGCUCAGAGGAGAAACAAGGAGAGAGAGGCCGAGGAGAGCAAGCAGAGCGACACACCGCCCCCGGACAGCACUGAGCAGCCAGCGUACCAGCGGUACCACACCCUCGCCCAGGCAGCCCCCCCGGGCCUCUCCCUGCCUUACCAGUACAAGCUGCUGGCUGAGAUGUUCAGGAGUAUGGACACUGUGGUCGCCAUGCUGUACAACCGCUGUGAGACGGCCACAUUCGCCAAGGUCAAGCAGGGAGUUCAGGACAUGAUGCACAAGCGUUUUGAGGAGAGCCACGUGGGUCAGAUAAAGACAGUGUUUCCUGAGGCCUACACGUUCAGACAGGAGAAGAACAUCCCCACCUUCAACAGCAGCAUUAAGAAGGGCAGCUACCAGCUCACCGUGGAGCCCGUCAUCCUCUCUGACCAGAAUGAAGCACGUCCUGUCCUCUCAGCCUCACGUCUCCUAGAGAGAAGACGCAUCUUCCACCUGAACCUGGUCUCCAUUGUCAAACAGCACCACAAGGUCUUCCUGUCCUCGUUGGUUCCUCCGGUCUCUGUUCCAGACGACAAACUGACCCGCUGGCACCCUCGCUUUAAUGUGGACACGGUGGCUGCCGUCCAGACCAGCUCGCUGCCUCCGCCUCCUCACACGGAGAGACUGGCCACAGCUCAGGAGGUGCUGGACAAGGCCCGCUCACUCAUCACACCCAAGAUGGAGAAGGCUCUGGUUUCUCUGGCUCAGAGGAGAGAAGAUAAUGCUGCAGAAAGUAAAGAGCCGACAUCUCCUCCACAGAACCCAACAGCCCCCCAGACACCAGCUCCAUCAGCUGCUCCAUCAGCUGCUCCAUCAGCUGCUCCAUCAGCUCAGGUCCCAACCACCCUGAAAGGAGUGUCUCAGUCCCUGCUGGACCGGAUUCGUGCGAAGGAGGCUCAGAAGCUCCUGGCUACCAUGACUCGAAACCCCAACCAGGAGGAGCGCCUGAUGAUGAUGUCACGACUCGGGGAGCUGGCAAGGAUCCUUCGCAACGUUUUUGUAGCAGAGAAGAAACCGGCUUUGAUAAUGGAGGUGGCCUGUAACAGGAUGGUGGCCAGCUACAGGUCUGCUCUCAGCACAGGUGAAAUGGAGAAACACAUCCGUCUGCUGGCAGAAGUGGCUGCCGAUUGGUUGACGAUCCAUCCAAUCAGGAAGGACUUCUACCUGAAGCUGAACAAGAACAUGGAGCUGAGCAUCGUUCUGGACAAACUGAGCAGACGACUGAGAGAGGAGGAGGAGAGACUCUGAGAGAGGAGGAGGAGGAGGGACUCUGAGAGAAGAGGAGGAGGGACUCUAAGAGAAGAGGGGGAGAGACUGAUGACUGAGAGAUGAUGUGAUGACAUCACCAUCCUCAGGUCCGUGCUGUAAGAGCAGCACACUGGAUGCUAACUACUUUUAAAGUGCUGUGUUUUAAAGUGAAUUCCACUGGUUUAUUGGCAGCAGGUACGUCAACAUGAUUUGGGGAUGUGCUCUGUGAGAACGGACUGAUCCAGGCACAGCGUCUCGCAUCCUGGGGCCUCACAGGAUGAACCAGACUUGGUCCUGUGUUGUAAACAGGUUGUUUUAACCACACUGCUGCUAUAGUGACCGCUGUGCUUUGUUUUGUUUUUUUUUUUUUUACUCCUUGAAUGUGUAACAAUGAUGCGCACAGAUCUGCUUCCAGUCUUUGUAUGGGAUCGUUUUCUACAAUGUAGAGCUGAUGAGUGUUUACAUUUUUGUAACUGUGUGAAAAUGUUUAAGAAAUACAAGCCUUUGUCAGA